AUGUCUGCUGCACUUUCUUACCGCAUUUACAAGAAUGCCCUCCUCUUCGCUGCCUUCUUGACUGCCGCUCGGGCACAGCAAGUUGGUACCUCAACCGCCGAGGUUCACCCAUCUUUGACCUGGUCGAAAUGUGCGAGUGGUGGAAGCUGCACCACACAGAGCGGUUCGGUCGUCAUCGAUGCCAACUGGCGUUGGAUCCACAACGUCGGUGGCUAUACCAACUGCUACACGGGCAACGAGUGGGAUACAACACUCUGCCCUGAUGAUGUUACCUGCGCGACCAACUGCGCUUUGGAGGGUGCCACAUACGAAGCUACCUACGGUGUUACUACCAGCGGCGAUGAGCUUCGUCUGAACUUUGUUACUACUGCUUCGCAGAAGAACAUUGGAUCUCGUCUGUACCUGAUGGAGGAUGACACCACCUACCAGAUGUUCGAUCUGCUGAACCAAGAGUUCACCUUCGAUGUGGAUGUCUCCAACCUUCCCUGUGGAUUGAACGGUGCUCUCUACUUUGUCGCUAUGGACUCUGACGGUGGCAUGGCUCGCUUCCCCACAAACAAGGCUGGAGCCAAAUACGGAACCGGUUACUGUGACUCUCAAUGCCCCCGGGAUCUGAAAUUCAUCGAUGGUGAAGCCAACAGCGAUGGCUGGACUCCUUCCGAGACCGAUGUCAACUCUGGUAUUGGUAAUCACGGUUCCUGCUGCGCGGAAAUGGACAUUUGGGAGGCCAACUCGAUCUCCAAUGCGCUCACUCCUCACCCUUGUGAGACACCAACCCAGACUAUGUGCGUGGAAGAUGCUUGCGGUGGUACUUAUAGCAGCGAUCGCUACGGCGGUACUUGCGACCCUGAUGGAUGUGAUUUCAAUCCUUACCGCAUGGGUAACACCACAUUUUUCGGUCCUGACAUGACCGUCGAUACCAAUUCCGUCUUCACUGUUGUGACGCAGUUCAUCACUGAUGAUGGUACCUCCUCAGGCACACUGAGUGAAAUCAAGCGAUUCUACGUGCAGGAUGGUGUCGUCAUCCCCAACUCCGCCUCUACCAUCAGUGGUGUAAGUGGUAACUCUAUUACCUCGGAGUUCUGCACUGCCCAGAAGACUGCCUUCGGUGAUGAGGACGUUUUCGACGAGCGCGGAGGCUUGGCUGGUCUCGGUGCCGGCCUCGCUGAUGGCAUGGUUCUGGUCAUGAGUCUCUGGGAUGACCACUACGCCGACAUGCUCUGGCUCGACAGCAUCUACCCAACGACCGAUACCUCCACCACCCCUGGUGCUGCUCGCGGUACCUGUGACAUCUCAUCUGGAGACCCAGAUACCAUUGAAACCUCCGAUGCAGACGCCUAUGUCAUCUACUCGAACAUCAAGGUUGGUCCGAUUGGCUCUACCUUCUCGUCGGGUACCUCUAGUUCCAGCACCAGCUCGAGCACUACUUCCAAGACCACGUCUACUUCUUCCAAGACUACUUCCACUUCUACCAAGACUACUUCCACAUCUACCAAGACCACCUCCACCUCCACUACCACGGCUGCUAGCACCACCGGUGCUGCUCACUACGCCCAGUGUGGUGGAUCUGGAUGGACUGGCGCCACCACUUGUGUCAGCCCCUACACCUGCACCGCUCAGAAUGCCUACUACUCCCAGUGCCUGUAA